ACGCGCGGCCUAGUUGUGUGUGGGUGUGUGAGGUGAGGGGGGAAAGGGCGAAGGAAGGAGGAGGAAAGCGGCGUCGCAUCGCACGGACGCGCGCGCCCGCGCCCGCGCCGCGCAGCGAUGCUGCCGCGCUCCCACUCGCACCCGGCCGCGCGGCGGCGCUCCGGCCUGGGCGCGCAGCUCUGCGCCGUGGUGGCGGCGCUCCUCCUGCUCGUCUCCCUCGCCGUCCUCCACUCCCGCCUCUCCUCCUCCUCCUCCUCCCCGUUCCCCCUCUCCUCCUCCGGCGACGGGGUCUCCAACUCCUCGCUCGUGGAGGACGAGGACGACGGCGCCGCGGUGCUCGACCCCACGGUUACGAUUACGGCGACCACCACCACCACCACCACCACCACCAACGCCGCCGCUGAUUCCACCACCGAUGCCUCCUCCGUCUCCAACCCUGAGGACGAUCCCAUCGACGAGCUCGACGUGCUCGACGAGGACACCGCGUCCGGCCUAGGCGCGGCCGACGAGGUCCCCGCCUCCGCGUCCGCGUCGUCCCUCGUCUGGGACCACGCCGUUGGCGUCGCCCGCCUGCCCUUCCGCCUCCCCGCCGCCGGCGACCCCCUCCCGGCGGGGUUACCUCACCUCGAGCCCGCGCACCGGAUCGCCGCCGCCGCCUUCGGAUCCGACGACGAGCCGGUGGAUCUGGAGCUCCGGGUGGAGAUCUCGUCCAUCGCCGGCGUCGAGGACGCGUUGCUCCUGAAGCCUGCCUCCAGCGCCCCCGAGACUCCCCUCCGUGCUGGGUGGGCGCGGUGGCUGGAGGGGAAGGCUGACUACCUCCGGCGCGAUCGGAUGCUGCGGUCCAACCUAGAAUUUCUCAAUCCCCGCAACCACCCGCUGCUUCAGGACCCGGACAGCCCCGGCCUUACCUCUCUCACCCGUGGCGACCGCAUGGUGCACCGGAUGCUUCUCGCCGAGAUAGAGAAGGCUGCUUCCAAAAAUUUUGAGCGGCGGAGUCUGCAAUCGUCUGAUAUUAAGCAGGGAAUGGGAGUAACCGAGAAGGUGCAGCAGAGGAGGUGGGGAUAUUACCCGGGAAUUGAUCCACAUUUGGGCUUCAAUGAGUUCAUGGAGAAGUUUUUUGAGCAUGGGAAGUGCUCCGUGAAGGUGUUCAUGGUGUGGAACAGCCCACAGUGGGCGUAUGGCGUACGGCACCAGCGUGGGCUGGAGAGCCUACUGCGGCAACACCCUGAAGCUUGUGUCGUCAUGCUGUCGGAGACACUGGAGCUGGAGUUCUUCCAGGAAUUUGUGAAGGAAGGAUACAAAGUUGCAGUUGCGUUGCCGAAUCUUGAUGAACUUUUGGAGGGCACUCUAACCCAUGAUUUUGUAUCAGUGUGGAAUGAAUGGCGGAAAACAAAAUACUACCCCUUGCAUUACAGUGAGCUAGUACGCCUUGCUGCUCUUUACAAAUACGGUGGGAUAUACCUUGACUCUGAUGUUGUUGUUCUUAAACCUUUAAACGCACUCCGGAAUUCUAUUGGUGUUGUCAAACAAGUUUCUGAAAAUUCCAGUUUUAGUGGUGCUGUAUUAGCAUUUGAAAAAAACAGCCAGUUACCCUUCAAGGGCUGGCUUAGUAAGCCAAUUGAUCAAGAGCAAUGUCGGAAACGUUGUUCAAAUGUCAUCAAAUUAAAUGAGAGCCCUUUCUUAGCGGAGUGCCUGAAGGAAUUUCAUUCAACAUAUGAUGAUGAACUCUUGCAGUGGAAUGGUGCUGAACUUAUGACAAGAGUAAUCAGAAAUAUGUCCGACAAAGCAGAUGACAACAGUGGGCAUCUUGACAUAAAGUUUGAACCUUCUGUUGCAUUUUAUCCCAUAAGCUCAACAGAUAUUACAAGGUACUUCUCAGAAGCAGAUAGCACGGAUGAAAGAGCCCAACAUGAUGCUCUGUUUUCUAGGAUUGUAAAUGACUCUACUACUUUCCACCUCUGGAACAGCAUUACUUCUUCGCUGGUUCCUGAACCCAACUCUCUUGUUGAGAGAAUCCUUAACCGUUACUGUCUUCAUUGCCUUGAUGUUUUAUAGUUUGUAGCGGGUUGAAGUUCUGACGAAGAGCUUCAUUUUGGGUUAGAAUACAUAUACAGAAGAAAUUCAUGAGUUUAAUGGGCGACAAUAUGGCUAGUAGUAUAUUGUUGAAUUUUGCCCAAAAAUUAGUUGGGGGGAUAAAAUGGUGGCAUUGUAGAUAUAUAUUCUUUUCAACAGGGCUGCAGUGUUGGUGCUACAGGCAUGUACAAUUGUGUUGACCUGACUACCCAUUGUCACUUUUUGACAGCAGAUUUGCUUACUGGAAACACUCAACUCAAGAACUAGAGGCAUUUGGAAAUUGAGAUGUUUAACCAGUUGAUUCCA